GGCGGUGAAACUAUUGUAGUAAAGCAAUUACAAUGUAACAUCUUCGCGUAUGAAACAGAGUGUUACGUGAAUUCAAGCGUUCUAACCUGUACAGUGGCAAUACUGUUUCUUUACACAUGGCCGUAGAUGGGAGUACGCAUACGUUGUGCUUCCCCUUUAAGCUGGGUUGGGUGGAGCUCCAAAGGAAGUGAAGUGUCAACGCGACUUUCGCCAAAACAGAAAGAAGUGAGGACGGCUGCUUUGAUGAAAUUACACACCCAGUAUAGCAUUUAAGUGGCACAGAUCAAGUUCAGAACAGAGGAGUCAUCUACUGGAUGGCUGGACAGCUGUGGACACGGUCGUCAUGGUGAAAUAUGUUCCGAAAGGUCAAAAAGCGUCACAGCAGCAGCAGUUCUCAAAGUAGUGAGAUAAGCACUAAGAGUAAGUCAGUAGACUCCAGCUUGGGAGGCCUUUCCAGGUCAAGCACUGUUGCUAGCCUUGACACCGACUCUACCAAAAGCUCAGCAGGGAACAGUGCCACAGAGACCUGUGCUGAGUUCAGAGUCAAGUAUGUGGGAGCAAUUGAGAAGCUGCACUUUGACAUGAGCAAAACCCUACAGGAACCUCUGGACCUAAUCAACUACAUUGAUGCUGCUCAGCAAGAUGGAAAGCUGCCAUUUGUGCCCGGAGAUGAAGAGAUGGCCUUAGGCGUGUCCAAGUACGGAGUCAAAGUAGCUUCAUUGGAUCAGUGUGACGUGCUGCACCGGCACCCGCUCUACCUGAUAGUGCGGAUGCUGUGCUAUGACGACGGCCUGGGAGCGGGCAAGAACCUGCUGGCGCUGAAGACCACCGAUGCCAAGCAACAGGAGUGCAGCAUCUGGGUGUACCAGUGCAGCAGUGCGGAGCAUGCACAGGCCAUUUGCAAGGUGCUGUCUGCAUCCUUCGACUGUGUGCUGACCUCCGAGAAGUCCUGAGGGCUGUCGCGGGGAUUUGCGUACAAGGCACAACCUUUGACCCUUGAACUUUUAACCUCUGUGGAAAGCCACCUGGCACGAGCGAGCCCUGGCCCAAAUGUUUACCAUGUUAACAAAGUACCCCAUUUCAUAUUAUCCUGCAUGCUGUGACCCAACACUGCCUGACCACCAGUUUCAGUGUAUGGGCUCCCAUUUUCAUGUUUGUAACCUAAUUUAAUCUAUUUAAUUUAAUACGCCUGCACCUCUAGCAUGCAAGUCCUGCCAGGUUAGAAAGAGCUAUAGCAGUGGACCUGGCAGAAUUGGCAUCACACGUGGUACAUCGUAAGGUCACUAGACCAAGCGAAGCACAAUGAUGACCCUUACACCACAGAUGCUGUAAAUCCUUCUCCCCCCCCCUUUCCUUAUCGUGGUGGGAUGUCAACCUCCACACCCCCCGGGGUUCUAACCCCAUGUUCCCCAGUGUUGUGAUCCACGUGGGAUUGGAUCAGUGAUACGGUACAAUAAAAGGAAUGGAAUCCUGA